GAGAGGCGGGCGCGGGCUUCGUUCCUAGAUCCGAUAAUUCCUGCAACGGGUUUGAAUCCUCUUUGUCCGGAGGGAAUGACACGUGUGCAUUCCCGCCUCAUUUACCGCCACCCUCUCCUCCUUCCUUCCUUCCUUUUAUCUAUCUCUGUUCACUUCUCAUCGCUCUUCUUCUCCUUCGUUGUCGUCGUCGUCUCGGUAGCGCGCGCCAAGUGUUUGUGGAAAUGGAUGAGGAGUACGACGUCAUCGUUCUCGGCACCGGGCUCAAAGAAUGCAUCCUCAGCGGCCUCCUCUCGGUCAACGGCAUGAAGGUUCUUCAUAUGGACAGGAACGACUACUACGGAGGCGAGUCGACUUCCCUCAAUCUCAUUCAGCUGUGGAAGCGAUUUAGGGGGGACGACAAGCCUCCGGAGCAUCUGGGUCCGAGCAAGGAAUACAAUGUCGACAUGGUUCCUAAGUUCAUGAUGGCUAAUGGUGCUCUUGUUAGAGUUCUGAUCCACACUAAUGUUACUCAGUACUUAAAUUUUAAAGCUGUGGAUGGUAGUUUUGUGUAUAACAAAGGGAAGAUAUACAAAGUGCCAGCCACCGAUGUAGAAGCACUAAAAUCCUUCAUUUAUGUACAGGACUAUGAUGAGAAUGAUCCAAAAUCCCAUGAAGGUCUGGACCUCAACACAGUUACGACGAGAGAAGUGAUCUCGAAAUAUGGGCUUGAUGACAACACAAUUGAUUUUGUUGGGCAUGCAUUGGCGCUUCAUAAUGACGACAGUUACUUGGAUCGUCCUGCAAUGGACACUGUGAAAAGAAUGAAGCUUUAUGCAGAGUCACUAUCACGCUUUCAAGGAGGAUCUCCAUAUAUUUACACUCUUUAUGGAUUAGGUGAACUCCCCCAGGGAUUUGCUCGCUUAAGUGCUGUUUACGGUGGUACCUAUAUGCUUCACAAACCAGAAUGCAAGGUGGAGUUUGACGAAAGCGGAAAGGCUUAUGGUGUAACAUCUGAGGGGGAGACUGCUAAAUGCAAGAAAGUAGUCUGUGAUCCUUCCUACUUACCUGACAAGGUUCAGAAAGUUGGAAGAGUGUCUCGUGCAAUAUGUAUAAUGAGCCAUCCCAUCCCAGAUACCAGUGAUUCACACUCAGUGCAGAUUAUUAUUCCGCAGAAACAAUUGGGACGCAAAUCUGACAUGUAUGUGUUCUGUUGCUCUUACACUCAUAAUGUAGCUCCAAAGGGGAAAUAUAUAGCCUUUGUUUCAACUGAAGCUGAAACAGACAACCCUGAGGUGGAACUUAAGCCUGGAAUUGAUCUGCUUGGGGCUGUCGACGAGAUCUUUUUCGAUAUCUAUGACAGAUAUGAACCAACCAAUAAUCACGAAGAGGACAACUGCUUCAUCUCCACCAGUUAUGAUGCGACGACUCAUUUUGAGUCUACAGUCAAAGAUGUGCUCUCCAUGUACAGCAAGAUAACUGGCAAGGAUAUUGAUUUGUCUGUUGAUCUCAGUGCUGCUAGUGCUGCUGCUGAACAAUGAAAGGCUCUUAUUUCUUUCUCAGUCUCUGGAAGGCUUAAUUUUUCUUAUGACACUAGUUUUGAAUUGUUACCAUGGCUGACCUUAUUGGCGUUGGCCCUUUACUUCCUUUCUUCAACUUUUACCGUUGUAACUGCAGACAUAGAGUUUUGGUAUGUUUAUCAUAAGUUAAGAGUAGAAUUUUAUUAAAUGUCACCUGAGACCAGACAAAAAAAAAUUUGGUUGAAAUAAUAAGUUAGUUAUGCAUUUGAGUUGA